GGCAGUUGGAGAUAACAACAGGAUACGAACAUGUCUUAUUUGGGUAUUUCAGUUUUUGCCAUCUUAUUGGCUUUGAGUGUAGUUCAAGCUCAGUAUUUGGCCAAUUAUCCUCGGGUGGUUCAGGCUCCCGUCGCCGUCGGCGGUGAUACUUUCGACCCGAACCCGCGUUACAACUUCGAGUACCAGGUCCAGGAUCCGACGACGGGUGAUUUUAAGAGCCAGAGGGAGUCGAGGGACGGCGACGUGGUCCAGGGUAGCUACUCACUCCUCGAGGCCGACGGCACGACCCGGGUAGUCGAAUACACGGCGGAUUCCGUCAACGGCUUCAACGCAGUCGUCCACAAGGAAGGAGCCGCUCAUCCAGCCCCCGUCCAACCUUUGUACGGAUAA